AUGCCCGACUCCACCGAUACCUCCCUCGGGGGCAAACCCACCGAGUACCAAUUCGAGGAUGCGCGUAACUCCCCCUAUGAUGAGAAGCAUCCCGAUCGAGAGUCGGCUGCUGCUAGCUCUCCCUCUUUCGCCGGGAUAGAUGAAGCGGCGGUACUGCGCAAGAUGGAUCUUCGGUUGAUUCCCAUGCUGAGUAUUCUCUACUUGCUGGCCUUUUUGGACCGAGGCAACAUUGGUAAUGCCAAAAUUGAGGGUCUAUUGGAUGAUCUACACAUGACGGGGCCUCAGUACAACUGGGCAUUGACCGUGUUCUUCUUUACCUACUGCGUGUUUGAGUUGCCCAGUAAUCUUCUGCUGAAGAAGCUGAGACCGUCCCGAUGGCUGCCCUUGAUUAUGGUUGCUUGGGGGAUCGUUAUGACCCUGAUGGGCAUCGUUCACAACUAUGGCGGACUCCUUGCCACUCGCCUUUGCCUGGGCAUCGCUGAGGCUGGUCUAUAUCCCGGCGUUGCCUAUUACAUUACUCUGUGGUACCCUCGCAAUCGCGCUCAAUACCGACAAGCCCUUUUCUUCAGCGCGGCCAGUGUUGCCGGUGCAUUCUCCGGACUUCUCGCCUACGGUAUUGCUAAAAUGGACGGAGUCGGUGGCCUCGCUGGUUGGCGCUGGAUCUUCAUUCUGGAAGGUCUGCUCACCGUGAUCGUGGCUUUCUUUGCCCCGUUCGCAAUUCAUGAUUCUCCCGAGACAGCCACGUUCCUCACUGAGCAGGAGCGGGCAUGGGUGAUUCACGCUUUGAGAGUUCAGCACUCGGCGGACUCUCGGGAGAUUAUCCAGGACCAGUCCAAAUUCGAAAUGAGAUAUGUGAUUGAAGCUUUCACGGACUGGCAGAUUUGGCUGGGAUUGUUCAUGUACUGGGGUAUCACCUGUCCGCUUUACGGUAUCUCUUUCUUCCUCCCAUCUAUCAUCAAAGACCUGGGAUACACCUCUUCGACCGCGCAGCUUCUGACUGUCCCCAUCUACAUCACCGCCGCCAUCGUCGCCGUGGCCGCAGCCUGGUAUUCCGACCGCCGCAAGCAGCGCUCUCCCUUCAUCCUGUUCUUCAUGUCUUUGAUCGCGAUCGGUUUCAUCAUUGUCAUCGCAUCCACCGGGCGCGGCGUUCCUGGCGUGGUCUACUUCGGAGUGUUCAUCGCAGUUAUCGGAAUUUACCCUGCCUUCCCGGGUAACGUCACCUGGUUGAGUGUUAACCUCGCUGGAGACUAUAAGCGUGCGGCUGGAAUGGCUAUCCACAUUGGUAUUGGUAACUUGGCAGGAGCUAUGUCGUCCAACUUCUAUCGCGCCAAGGACGCUCCGAACUACAUCCUCGGCCACGCUCUCGAACUUGGCUUUGUGGUUGUGGGUAUGAUUGCCGUCGUUCUCCUGCGACUCUCGUACCAGCGCGUCAACAAGAAGCGCGAUCAGAUCGAUCCUUCAGAGUACCCGAGUGAUCCGGACUCGCUAGGAGAUAGAUCCCCUCUAUUCAGGUACAUGUUGUAA